AUGGUAAGGGGCAGCGGGCAGCGACGUGUCCCGGGCGGGUGGCUGUGGCCAGCAUGGACGCGGCGGAGGUGGAGUUUCUGGCUGAGAAGGAGCUGGUCACCAUAAUCCCAAACUUCAGCCUAGACAAGAUCUACCUCAUCGGGGGGGACCUGGGGCCUUUUAACCCCGGUUUACCGGUGGAAGUGCCUCUGUGGCUGGCGAUUAACCUGAAGCAGAGACAGAAGUGUCGGCUGAUUCCCCCUGAGUGGAUGGCUGUGGAAAAGUUGGAGAAGAUUAGGGAUCAUGAACGAAAGGAAGAAACUUUUACCCCUAUGCCUAGCCCUUACUACAUGGAACUUACGAAACUCCUGUUAAAUCAUGCUUCAGACAACAUCCCAAAAGCAGAUGAGAUCCGGACCCUGAUCAAGGAUGUGUGGGACACUCGCACAGCCAAGCUACGGGUGUCUGCUGACAGCUUCGUGAGACAGCAGGAGGCACAUGCCAAGCUGGAUAACCUGACCUUGAUGGAAAUCAAUACCAGUGGGGCCUUCCUCACACAAGCCCUCAAUCACAUGUAUAAACUCCGUACAAACCUGCAACCUUCUGAAAGCAUCCAGUCCCAAGACUUCUAGAGAAAGACCUGAACUUGUAAAGAAAGGCCUUGCAUCUGCUGGCCGGAGGCUUGCCGGGUGGUGUGAGUGCUCGAGACAUGAUAGAGGUACUAUUAUCUCGAGUUCUAGUACCCCUUUUGAAUGUAUGAAGAAUUGUGUAAUGAAACAAGGAAUGGGCUCAUAACAUCGUUGGAAAGCAACAGGUUUGUGCUUAGUCCUCAAGACAUUCUUUAAUUCCACAUCUGUCUGUAGAAGCCAGCUGUUCUUUUAUGGGGGAAAGAAAGCAGCUUUGGCAAAACACGUUAUUUUCGCUACAGAGCCUGCGGUCUCCUGCUUGGCAUUGUCAUGUGGGUGAACAUUCGGUGACUUUAAGUGUUGUUUUUAAGAGAGAGAUACAGUAGGAGUGGCGAUGUGGCCUGGGGCUUUUUUCCUUUCUUGACCCUGAUCUCUUGGGCUAAAUUUAGACUCUCCUAGAGUUUGUUCACACAGAGAAGGAUGGCAGAUGGGUGGCAAGAUGUUGACCAGGGUUCGCCAUCUAAGCCCAAUAAAGAUG